AUUCUUGGGCGGAGGCGUUGCGUUGUCAGCGGACUCAUGGUCGCUCGGCGACCUUCGUCAACACCCAUACGCUCGCAUUUUCUCGCUCUCUGAUGGCACUUGUGCUCUGUCGCGUGGUACAGCCCACCCCUCCAGCCAAUUCUCCUCCGAUUUGCCCCUUUUCGGUGGCUGUGAUACUUCACCUAUACGGCCCUGGGUCAGCCACAUCAGCCCGCGUAGCCGACUCUCCAUCAUGAUGUGCUCAGAAUGGCUGCUAGCGGAGAAGCCGUUAAGCAACUGGAUUCCUAUGCAAGGAACGAGCAUCCCAUGCAAGGGCCAGGCGUUGCAUUUGUGCGUUUGGUUCUCUGUGUCGCAUCUGCUACCAUGAUCAUCGAGUAUAAAAUAUCAAGUAUGUCUCCCGUACGUAGCAGGAUUCUCAACUGGACCACCUUUCCUAUCCUAGCUUUACCAAACCCUUCCCGUCCUCCCCACCAUCAUCAUGCAAAUAUCACUGUUCUAUCUUGUUGCGACGCUUGCCCUUGGCUUGAAUGCCUCGGCCAAGAAGACGAACGGCACCUGCAUCUGCUCCAACCGAGCCCUGGAGCGGUGCUUGAUUGCCAGGAGCGUUCCCUUCAAAGUUCGGUGUGACUCCGACUGGGAAGACUACAGCAGGACGCAUAACCUCCGUCUCCCGGUCACACCAGCUGCCAUUGUGGUGCCUGACAAUUCCAGGCACGUUUCGGCUGCCGUCGUCUGUGCUGGCCGGAGUGGGGUCAAGGUCCAGGCCAAGUCCGGUGGGCACUCGUAUGGGUCAUACAGUUCCGGUGGCAUCGACGGCCAGGUGAUGAUCGAUCUCCGCAACUUCAACGAGACCGUCCUAUCCGGCAACGGGACCAACAUCGCCAUAGUCGGCGGUGGCGUUCGCUUGGGACCCAUGGCUACAGCCAUAUACGAGCAAGGAAACAGAGCCAUCUCUCACGGGAUAUGCCCGUCAGUGGGAAUUGGUGGACACUCCACCCACGGCGGCUGGGGAUUCACCUCACGAGCCUGGGGGCUUACCCUCGACCACAUCGUCGCGAUGCAGGUCGUGUUAGCAAACGGCACCGUGACCCGGGCAAGUCCAGACGUGAAUCCAGAUCUCUACUGGGCCAUGCGAGGAGCUGCCGACAGCAUCGGCAUUGCCAUUAGCAUCUCGCUGAAAACCCAGGCUGCCCCCCAGGAAGUCCUCACCUUCAUAUACGAGUUCCAGACCAUCCUCGAAAGCGUCCCGAAAUCCGUGAGCGCGCUCAUGGGCAUCCAAGGCUACAUGAGCAACUCGACCGCCGUCGACCGCCGCCUGUCCCUCUUGGUGCAGACCACCGUCAACCCGGACCCAGCCUCCGGGACCGUGAGCAAGAGCCUCGUGGUGGCGGGCAUCUUCAUGGGCAGCCUCGCCGAGUUCAGCUCCCACAUCGAGCCGGAGCUUCUGCGGCGGGUGCCGGACGCGCCCACGGCACGCGACGUGCAGUCGCACAACUGGAUUGACUCGCUCGCGCGGCAGAGCCCGGACGGCACGCUGGACGGCGCGCCCGAGUCGCUCGACUUCUUCGGCAACAGCGCGACGAUCGACUCCCCGGGCCUGACCGAGGCGGCCGCGACGAGCUACUUCUCCUACAUGCUGGACGGGCCGGCGCCGCCCGUCGGGUUCGAGUCCAGCAUGGAGCUGUGGGGCGGCGCCGACGGGCAGAUCGGCCUCGCGGCCAAGAACGCGAGCUUCGCCGCCUUCCCGCACCGCGACGUCUUCUGGACCGCCCACAACCGCGCCCAGGCCGCCCCCGACGUGCCCUUCCCCGACGAGGGCGUCGCCUUCCUGAACGGCCUGCGCGACGCCAUUGUUGAGACACUCGACGUCCCCACGGGCGCCUACCCCAACCUGCUCGACACCAGCCUGACGCGGGAAGAGGCCCACGCGCUGUAUUAUGGGGAUGAGGUGCUGGAGAGGUUGCGGCGUGUCAAGGCCGUGUACGAUCCGAGGAAUAUCUUUUGGAAUCCGCAGUCGAUUUGAGCGUGCCUUGGGUAGAUACCUAGGCAACUUGCGCAUUGUUCCUUGGUUAUUAUGUAGGUACCUGUGGGCUACAAUUUGUAUUUAUCACAUCUUAUUCGAUAGAUUAAUUAGGGCAAAGAAUCUUCGGGUCUGUGGUACCGAGAGUUCGUCGUCACACCCAAUUCACACAUCCGGAUCAAAGCGAGGGGCUGCAAAUCAGAGAUGCGAGCGAAUUGGGGAGGUUUCCUGUGUGUGCCAGAC